AUGGCGGAAUCCUUUCUCCGUGGCAACGAAAGCGUCGACCAAUUCUACCAGCGAUGCACAAACCUCAGCUACUUCGACUGCAGCGAGGAAGAGAUGCUGUGGUGGAUGAUGGGUCCCAGGAGACUUCCACUACAAGAGAUAGUACCAAUAUCUGUGGUCCUGCUUGUGAUAUUCAUGACCGGGGCGGCGGGGAACAUCGCCGUCUGCGUGGUAAUAGUGAGGCAGCCAACGAUGCAUACGGCCACUAACUAUUACCUCUUCAGUUUGGCGCUGAGCGACCUUCUCCUGUUGUUGUUCGGUCUCCCUAACGAUUUGUCGGUGUACUGGCAUCAAUACCCCUACAGCCUCGGAAUCGUGUUCUGCAAACUCAGGGCGCUCAUAUCUGAAGCGGCAUCAUACGUGUCAGUUCUAACCAUCGUGGCGUUCUCCCUGGAGCGGUACCUGGCGAUCUGUCACCCCCUCCACCUAUACGCCAUGGCUGGGUUGAGGCGCGCGCUGAGAAUCGUCGCGGCGCUUUGGGCCGUCUCGCUAUUGGCUGCUUCGCCGUUUGCCAUGUAUACUACUGUCAGCUAUCAUGAUUAUCCACCGGGGUCGGGGAAUGCGUCAGUGGAGUCAGCCUUCUGCGCUAUGCUGGAGCUACCAUCCUGGUAUUUGUGCGAGCUGAGCAGUCUCCUGUUCUUCAUUCUGCCAGGCCUGAUCAUCCUCUGUCUCUACGUCAGGAUGGGUCUCCGAAUUAGGUACGUUAUGGGAUCAACUCACGCGCAUAAGCCUGGUAGUCCCGGGACCUUGAAUGGAGUGAACGGGAGCGUCCACGGGGAGGCUCGUCAGGCGCAGUCCAGGAAAGCUAUCAUCAGGAUGCUGGCGGCAGUCGUGGUCGCCUUCUUCGUGUGCUGGGCGCCGUUCCACUUCCAGCGUCUCUUCUUCAUCUACGGCACCAACUCGAAGCACUACCACACCAUCAACAAGCACUUGUUCAGCGUCGCUGGAGCCUUCUACUACGUCUCUGCUACUGUCAAUCCUAUCCUCUAUAACGUCAUGAGUCACAGGUACAGGCUAGCCUUCCGCGAGACCCUAUGCUGCGGCCAAGUCCGCCGCAAGCAGAGCAGGUAUUACCGGGAGCACUCCAGCAUCAGGGAGACCACGGUCAACCACACCUCCGAGGGAACCCAUCUCGUGCGCGUCAGCUCGCAGACCCAUGAGCGCAGGCACCGGGUAGACCAUAAAGCUCACAGAAGGUGCAGUUACUACGGCACUGAAACAACGGCUUUGUGUGACAAAUGGAAGCAGGACUAUUAUAAAGAAGGUAAAAAAAGAAACAGCCUGAUGAGGAGUGACAGGAACAGCUCCAACUCUUCACCAGGUAACAACAACGACUCCAGCCAGGUCCUCUUCAGCGACAAGGAGACUGACCAUGACUUCAAAGACGCCAUGGACAAUGAUGAUGACAGCAUCAAUAUUAAUAUCUCUAUACAUUUGCAUAAGUAA